CAAUGUCUUCUCCCCGUACUUCUCAUUUAGUGUCAGUCUGACAGACAGGACGUGCCUUUGACUUGCUCAGGAGGAUCUGCUCUCACGAUAAAGAGGAGGACCGCUGUGUGGAUGGUCUACACAGAUAGAAGCAGUGUUUUCAAAAAACAAUGGACAUGACUUUCAUCACAGAGGAUGAACCACUAUCGCUAGACAACACUGGGCUCAACGGCUCUGCUCCAGACAUCCUCCAGGCCAACGAUCACUUCCUGGACUCUGAGUUCCGCUACACCCUUUUCUCCGCCUCCUAUGGCAUCAUCUUCAUCCUGGGCUUCCUGGCCAACUGCUACGUCCUGUUCGUCAUCCGCCGGAUACGUGGGGCACACGCCAUCGGAGAGAUCCGCGUUUACAUGGCCAACCUGACCGUCGCCGACCUCCUCUUUGUCUGCGCCCUCCCCUUCUGGGUCGGCUACUACAGUCGCGACGGUGACUGGAUAUACCCGGACUUCCUGUGCCGUGUGACCGGCUCCAUGUUCUUCAUCAACACCUACUGCUCCAUCCUCUUCCUCUGCGCCAUCAGCGUCAACCGCUACUGGGCCAUCUCGCGGCCUCUCAGCGCCGUCGCCUCGGACAGCUGGCGGCGUGGUGCCGGCGUGUCGUGCGCCAUCUGGGCGGUGACCUUGGGCGCGGCUGUGCCGUCGCUGCUGUCGCCCGCCUCCUACCUGGACGAGCGGAACAAGACGCGCUGCUUUGAGGGCUUCCACCGGCAGAGCGACGAGACCAAGCGCGGGGUGGCGCUCACCCACUUUCUCAUCAUCGCCAUGUUUUUCGUGGUCUUCAUCCUCGUGGUGGCGUGCAACCUCCUCAUCGCACGCGCCUUGCUGCGAAAGCCCCCGGGGGCCCGGUCCAGAUCGGCGGCGGCUGAGCGGGAGGGUCAGAGCGUCAGGGCCCCGGCGUCCGUCCGGCCCCGCGGGGUGAAGCGCCAGGCGCUGCAGAUGCUGUGCGCGGUGGUCGGCGUGUUCGUGCUCUGCUUCCUGCCCCACCACGUCGUCCAGGGACCGUGGACCCUGGCGGUGCUGGGGAUCAGUGAGGGCUGGGGCAGUGUGACCUGGUGCCGGACCACCCGGCAGACCCUGAACGACGCCCAUCAGGUCACCUUGCUCCUCAUGGGCCUCAACUGUAUCCUUGACCCGGUGGUGUACUGCUUCGCCACCAAUAAGUUCAAGACUUUCAUUUCCCGGCACAUGAGGAAGUUGAUGAAGGGGGAAGCGUGCUCCACACAGACGUACACCAGCCAGGUGUCCACUCAGGAGAGCAGCCGGAGAGCCCCAGGAGAAGAGCAUUCAAUGGCGACGAUAGGGAAGGACUGCGAGAUGCACGGCUAGAGCUGAACGUCACAGAGAGGAAACACAGCAAGGAUCUUGAAGAUUUAAUGACGGUGAGAAGGUGGACUAUUGUGUGAAGCCAGCGAUGUAUUAUUUCAGGUUAGCGACAGUACAACUAUGGAGGUGGUAUAGCUAUAAUCGAAAAUGUAUAGCUUGUUAUUAUUGCUCUCAUGCACAAGAGACAUACAUGGAAUACAUAGGGUUGUGGUGACCACUUCCUAUCUCCCAUGAGCGCUCAUGUUCAAGUUGUUUAGUGUUUGCAAAUGUGUUUGCAUACAGGAUCAUAUCACAAUACCUAAGAAGAUCGGCAUUAACAACAACAAACUGAUAUCUUUGAAUGCUAUUUAACAUUGAAACUUUAGAUUUUGUGAUUUGGUUCCCAUGUGUUUUAAUUUUUUGGAAAGCAGAAGGAAACAUGCUGCGUCACAAUUGUCAUUGUGGAAUUUUAUUGAAAUGCGAAACAGGAUCCAAUUGUGAAAUGUUUUUAAGGUAGUGAACUUUUGUAGACGUAAGGUAUACAGUCAUUCUGAAAGUAUCGGGCUCCAAGAAUGCUUCAACUCUGUCAAAUGAGUCUCAUGUUUGAAUCUAUUUCUUUGUUCAUCCAAUGAAGGAAGGGGGAAGAAAAUAUUCUCCUAUAACAGGAGGACAUUUGUGUAAUUGUUUGUGUAUUUGAACACCGGCAAAAGACCAAGAUAUUGAAUGGUUAAUAGUUGCGUAAAUCAAAUGUACACACAUCUAAACCAACUAAGGUCCACACAUAGUCACACUAAUCACUUAAAUCAGAAAACAUGUUGAGGAAACUUCCACAGAAGAAAAGUCUUAUCCGGAAGGAAGUGAUUCUAAAUGUUGUAGACAUAUUUGUUUGUUGGAUAUGUGUAUAUUGACUAGAACCGACCCAAGAUAAACGGUUUUGUAGAUGAGGAUGAGGACUUACAUGAUAAAUCCAAAUUCCUAAAUCC